ACAUUAUAACGCCUGACACGUUAUAAAUCGAAAUUAAAGUUUUCUUUGGUUAUUAUUACUAUUCGCAUAGGGAGAAGGUAAACAAGAAAUUUUAUUUAUUGAAAAAAUCUACAUAUACAUUUGUCUGCCGAAAAAAACGAUAAACGACGACACAUAACGCUAAAGUGUACGUGUUUGUGUGAAGUUGGUGUGUCUAUAAUACAUCGCGGACAAAUUGAAAAAAAUAAAACGUAACGUAUUCAUAAAUGCAACAUUUACACAUACAGCCUUUGUGUACAUAUAUACAUACAAUAUGGUCUGCUGUUGAUGGCUUGUUAAGAAAUUGAUAUCUAUGAAGAUGUGAAAAGCUAUGCAGUCAAUUAGCAUUUAAUUUAAACAAAGUGAUCUACAUAUACAAACAGCUUUUUUGAUAUUAAUUAAAGGGCGUUUAUAAUUAUUUAAAAUUCACAAAUGAUGUUUACCCGACGUCCCAUUUCAAUGUUUUGGUGCAAAUCGAUUUAAAUAUAAAAGAGAAGGCGUUGUUCUCUUUUUUCAUUUUAAUAUAAAUUGGCUAAACCAAACAAAAUUUUACUAGUAAAUAAUAAAAAAAGGAAACACUAAAAUACGUUCAAUAUGCUGCCACCGUAUAAUAAAUCAUCAGUAACUACAACUAAUCGACACCAGCAUCGGCCCUACGGCAUAUCAUUGUUUUCGUCUUACAUAUUUAAUUACUUUAACAACAAAUGGAUUUGGAUUGCUGCAUUGCUAUUUGGAUUGUUAAUAGUCAAUGUCAACGCUAUAGAUGAGAAAUUAUCCACAGACUCGAGAUCUCCAAAAUCGCUACAAAGUUCAAUAACAUCGUCAGCAACGGCUGCAGCAGAAGCUUCACAAAGGAAUUUUUUACCUAGAGAUGAAAUAUAUAUCGAUGAUGAAGGCCUUGAAGGAUCUGGGCAUGGUGGGGCUCAAGAUGAUUUAGAGAAAGAUCAUGAUUUUUCUGGCUCAGGCUUUGGCCCCGACGAUGAAGAUUCAGAUGAUGAAUACCAUCACCACCAUCAUACACAUAUUCAUCAGCAAACGGACAACAAUAACAACCAGGAUACGUUGAAACCUUCUUAUCCAUCGCCGUCCCAUAGUGAUGAUGAAGAUUUCGAUUUGGAAGAAGGUAUUUCUGUGGAAGGUGAGGAGAACGAAUCAUUGCCAACCGGAAGUGGAGAUGACGGACUUCUCGGUCGAGAUAACGACGAUAACGAUCGAAGUGAUGAUGACGGAGAUGAUGCUGAUGAGGAAGAAAAUGUCUUUAACAUGCCUCGCCAUCGUGGUUUAUCGACAUCGUCAUCCAAACCUCACCCAGAAGAACACAAACCUAAAACUGAGGGCAAUGUUGAAAUCGAUUUAGAUGUCGAUCAAUCCAUUGAUGGACCAAAUGAUAAUGAAGAUAAUCUAUCUUCUAGUAAAGAAGAAGAUAGCAGCGAAAUCUUCACCGAUAGCAGUUCGUCAUCAUCAGUAGGCUCAUCAUCUUCCACCGCAACCUCAACAGUCAUCGCUCAGAAACGACCUGGUGGUAUUAAUAAUCAAGGCAACAGCAUCAGCAGCAGCGGCGGCAACAACAUACACGAUUUGGAUACAAACAGUAUCAACAGUUUACCACCAGAGACUACAAAUAACGGGAAAACCGCAGGCAACGAAGUCUUAAUCAUGAAUGCCAACAAUGAUGACAGAACGGCGAGCUUCUUUGCUCAGCCAGGGAUAUUGGCAGCUGUCAUCGGCGGUAGUGUUGUAGGUCUACUAUUUGCCAUUUUAAUAGUGAUGUUCAUAGUGUAUCGUAUGAGGAAAAAAGAUGAAGGCUCCUAUGCUUUGGACGAGCCUAAACGGUCACCUGCUGUUAAUUCUUAUGCGAAAAAUGCCACGAAUCGUGAAUUCUAUGCCUGAGAUAAUGAGUAUCGUUAUUAAAAUAGCGAAGAAUAAAGAGAAAAACACACACAGGAGAUAGUUCCAACAAAAAUCAACCAAACACACAACGUUACUUUGAGUGUAUAUCUGAUCAGUAAGUAAUUAAUUGUAAAGGGG